UGGACCGUCGAGCUUGUUUGUGCUGUUAUUAGCUGCCAUUAAACACACAAAGAAACCGAACGGAAAAACGUUGGAGGACACGCCGUUAAAUAUGGGCCCGCCGGGAGACAGAACAUGCCACAUGACGCCCGAAAGAACGGAGGAUUCCCGCUGGAUUGUCGAUUUAUCUUGACAUGGCAUGCGGCAGGGCGAGCCGGAGGUUGUGACGACGGAAGAAAAGAAGAGAAAGAGAAUAAGCAAACACCUCGAAACUUCAGACGUGGAAGAGGGAGAUUUUGUCUAGCUAACGUCUGUUUGGCCGUUCAGCGUUUGUCAUCGGUUGACCACUGAUCCCCCUGGCUGAUUUCUGUCGACGAUGUUGACGAGACACGACUGAAGCGAAUUACAUCGAGCCAAAAUGCUGAGCACGAGCAGAAACAGUUAGUCGGUGAACCCCACUGGUUUCUCGACUCCUCACAGCACUGGCAGUCACAUUGAAACCCAGCGAGAAAAUGUAAACGCGCCGAAAGAUGAUUGAACCGAACAUAGGCCUCAGUUAAGCCAGCCUGUCAGAUAAGAUGUAGGUUUACCCGUUGGUUCACUACUAGUUAGUGUCAGAAGCGAAUGACUAGAUUAGCUUGCUAGCUCAUCUUAGCUAGUGUGCUAAAAAUAGGUCCACAUCAUGACUAUCAGCUGUGGCGACGCCGCAGGCCUCGAGCCAAAUGAGUGACAACAGCAGUUAAGGAAAUGUCAGGGUACUUUCGCGGUAGUCUUCGAUGUUACCCGGUGCCAAUAUCUCCUGGCAUCUGUAUUUACCUGCCAUGUUCGUCCGUAUCCCCAGUCCGUCUGUAACACGCACAUAACGCAGUCUAUACAGAAAAAAAACGAACAAACCUACAGCCAUGGAUGAGGGGCUUUGAGUGACCCACUUAAUAGAAUAUUUGUCUGCUUGCUGUAGGCCACACUCUCACUCUCCAACAACAAAAAAAUACUAUCAGCAUAGUUUUUUUUGUAGUAGCAGCUGCUUCUGUUGGUUUCAGUAGCAUUUAUAAAGUAAGUCCAUUUUGAGUUGCUGUUUCCUUGAAACCUGUUGUAAUCCACUGUCAGUAGCAGCUUGGAGAAGAAAAAAAAAGCUCAUUUGGCUUACAAGUCAUGUCUUAAAACAUGGAUUUCUGAUCAGGUGUCAAGGAGAUGUAGUCUUAGUCUUUUUGACCAUUCCCCUCAUCAAGACUGCCCUUUUACAAAAAAAAGUGAAAUGACUUAGUUUUGUUACUUUGUUGAUCUUUCAGUUCAUAGUAUAUUAGAAGAUCUAGCUUAGGGUUUUGAGCCAUUGUUUUUUUAAAAGGGUAGCUAGCUCCGUUUUUUUUUUUCCUCAAACCUAAAAUACAACACCAGAGUGUCGCUAAAAUACGCAAAACAAGACGAAAAAAGACACUACCACAAAAAAAUAAAUCAAUCUAACCAUGGGGGACCCGACUUCACGAAGAAACCAAACAAGAAAUCGACUUCGAGCUCAACUUCGGAAGAAAAGGGAAUCUUUGGCUGAUCAGUUUGACUUCAAGAUUUACAUAGCCUUCGUUUUCAAGGAAAAGAAAAAGAAGUCUGCACUCUUUGAAGUAGCUGAAGUGGUGCCUGUGAUGACCAACAACUACGAGGAAAACAUCCUACGAGGUGUGCGCGAUUCCAGCUACUCUCUGGAGAGUUCGAUCGAACUCCUGCAAAAAGACGUGGUGCAGCUACACGCUCCCAGAUACCAGUCGAUGCGAAGGGACGUGAUAGGCUGCACACAGGAGAUGGAUUUUAUCCUUUGGCCGCGCAAUGACAUUGAGAAGAUUGUCUGUCUGCUGUUCUCCAGAUGGAAGGGGGCCGAUGAUGAACCCUUUAGGCCUGUUCAGGCCAAGUUUGAAUUUCAUCAUGGAGACUAUGAGAAGCAGUGCUUGCACGCUCUGGGCCGUAAAGACAAGGCUGGAAUGGUCAUGAACAACCCAACUCAGUCUGUGUUUCUCUUCAUGGAUAGACAACACUUACAAACUCCUAAAACCAAGGCCACAGUUUUCAAGUUGUGCAGCCUGUGCCUGUACUUGCCCCAGGACCAGCUGACCUGCUGGGGUGUGGGAGACAUCGAGGAUCACCUCCGCCCGUACAUGCCUGACUAAGGCCUCUUGCUCCACCCAGCCACACAGAGACAAGCCUUCCCUCUCCCUCCAGCCUAAGGCUUCACAAGCAAAUUAAUGUACUCAUCUCCUCCCUUUUUAAAGAUUUGAACUUAUGCUUGGAUCUCCUUUUUGUUCCGCACUCACCCCCCCCCCCCCCCCCCCCCCGCACCGGUCCCCCCUUUUUCCUUUUUUUUUUUUUUUUUUCCCCACUCACACUUUCAAUAGUCACUUUUGGAUUGGUUCUGUUUUAUUUGAUUGGAUUUUUUACAUGAUCACCUCCCUCCCCUCCUCACUCCAUCCACACAUCCCCCCUCCCUCCCCUUUUUUUUUCUCUCCCUCUGUUCCUUUGAACCUGCACACCCUUUUUUUUUUGUUUUUUUGAGUGGUUGGUUAUUUUCGUGGAGCCACAUUGUCAACAGCACCGGUCAUUGAAGGAACUCUUUAUGUUGCAUCAAAACAGGAACAAGCAAUACACAGGUCUUCACGGUGGUUCUCAGAUGGACGUGUAUAACAUCCUUGUUGUCACAAAGGAUUGUGAAAGCUUGUUUGUGAUGUCACAAAACAACCUUGUGCAAUCUUUUGGCCAAGGACAGGUGGGAUGAGGUGUGAAAACACCUGCAUGAGCAGAGAUUACAAGACGAACAGUAUCUGUCAAAUCAUAUGGUGUAGGUAUUGCUUCUUAUAAACAGCCUUAGUUAUUUUUGCUGGACUUCUCAAAAGAUGUUUUUGUGUCAUUUGCUUUUUCUCUGAAACAUACUAGGCAGGACUUUGCUGAAAUCUUGAGUGUCUUGAAAGGCAUUGCACAAAGUUGAGAGAUGUUGGUUAGAUGUCAAAGAGGUAAUUUUCACCAUUCAAGCCAUUCAUGCACUAUUCAUUUAAGCUACUGAAAUCUGAAGUUUUAUGCUUUGUUUUUUUUUUGUUUGUUUGGGAUGUGGGUUGGUGAGAUAUUGAAAUUAAAGAUUUAAUGUUUAACAGUCCUAACAAAAACUGCUACAAGCUAAGUGAUUAGUGCUUAAUUUGACCUACUAAAAUUCAGAUUAUUUGCUGCCAUGCUUAUCAAUUUGAAAUUGGGUUUUGCGGGCUUUCUCGUCAAACGCUGAGAAGUGCAUAGUUGCAUAUGAUUUUGCUCCUUGUUGAUUCAGUUUGUUCGGUUCGAAGGGUUGAAGGCAUGUAACUUCUGGGUUUUCUUUCUGUUGGUUCUCAAAUCAAUACUGCUGUGCAUAUCCAAAUACAGUGCAAAUUCUGAAAGCAUAACCUUUUGUCCAGUUCUU